CGGCAGGGAAGCCGGAGAGAUGGUCGCGCGUGUGGUCCUCCUGCUGCGCGCCUUGCCGCUGCUGCUGUGCCGCCGCCUGGACGCCGAGCCCGCGGAGCAAGUAGGCCGGGAGCAGCGCGAGGAGGCGGAGGCAUUCCUGGAGAAGUACGGAUACCUCAGUGAACACCGGCUCAAAGCUCCCACCUCCACUCGAUUCGGCAAUGCCAUCAGAGAGUUUCAGUGGGUGUCCCAGCUACCGGUCAGUGGUGUGCUGGACCGUGCCACCCUGCGCCAGAUGACUCGCCCCCGCUGUGGGGUUGCAGACACUGACACUCAUGUGGCCUGGACUGAGAGGAUCAGUGUCCUGUUUGCUGGACGCCGGGCCAAAAUGAGGCGUAAGAAACGCUUUGCAAAGCAAGGCAACAAAUGGUACAAACAACAUCUCUCCUACCGCCUGGUGAACUGGCCCGAGCGCCUACCAGAGCCGGCAGUUCGGGGGGCCGUGCGUGCUGCCUUCCAGUUGUGGAGCAACGUCUCGGCACUGGAGUUCUGGGAGGCCCCAGCCACGGGCCCCGCUGACAUCCGCCUCACCUUCUUCCAAGGGGACCACAACGAUGGACUGAGCAACGCGUUCGAUGGCCCAGGGGGCGCCCUGGCACAUGCCUUCCUGCCCCGCCGUGGUGAAGCGCACUUCGACCAAGACGAGCGGUGGUCCUUUAGCCGCCGUCGCGGGCGCAACUUGUUCGUGGUGCUAGCGCAUGAGAUCGGCCACACGCUCGGCCUCACCCACUCGCCGGCGCCACGCGCGCUAAUGGCGCCUUACUACAAGAGGCUGGGCCGCGACGCGCUACUCAGCUGGGACGACGUGCUGGCUGUGCAGAGCCUGUACGGGAAGCCUCUGGGGGGCUCAGUGGCCAUCCAGCUCCAAGGAAAGCAGUUUACUGACUUUGAGGCCUGGGACCCCCACAGCCCCCAGGGCAGGCGCCCUGAAACCCAGGGCCCUAAAUACUGCCACUCUUCCUUUGAUGCCAUCACUGUAGAUGGGCAACAGCGACUAUACAUUUUUAAAGGGAACCACUUCUGGGAGGUGGCAGCUGAUGGCAACGUCUCAGAGUCCCGCCUACUACAGGAGAGGUGGGUAGGGCUGCCCCCCAACAUUGAGGCUGCUGCAGUGUCACUGGAAGAUGGAGAUUUCUACUUCUUCAAAGGGAGCAGAUGCUGGAGGUUCCGGGGCCCCAAGCUAGUGUGGGGUUUCCCUCAGCUGUGCAGGGCAGGAGGCCUGCCCCGCCAUCCCGAUGCAGCCCUCUUCUUCACUCCUCUGCGCCGCCUCAUCCUCUUCAAAGGUGCCCACUACUACGUGCUGGCCCAAGGGGGACUGCAAGUGGAGCCCUACUACCCUCGCAGUCUGCAGGACUGGGGCGGUGUCCCUGAGGAGGUCAGCGGUGCCCUGCCAAGGCCUGAUGGCUCCAUCAUCUUCUUCAGAGAUGACCGAUAUUGGCACCUUGACCAGGCCAAACUGCGGGUGACCACCUCAGGCCGAUGGGCCACUGAACUGCCCUGGAUGGGCUGCUGGCAUGGCAACUCAGGGGGUGCUCUGUUCUGAAGGCACCUCCCCACCUGAUGAACCCUUGGUGCCUUCAGGGCCAACGUGUUUCCCCUGUCCCAGGGGCAGAACCUGUCUUGGCUGCCUCUGAGCCUCCCUGCGGAAGACCAGGCAGCAAAUCUGCCU